AUGUCGGCAGCCCAAGUCGACGACGACGAGGCGCAGACGAGGCGCUCCUGCGUGCCCCUCACGUCACUGUACCAGCCCGUCCACGUCGGCCAGAUCGGAGCCGGAUACGCGGGCACAUCCACCUUUUUCCGAUGGCCCAUUCUCGGCGCGCUGCUCUUUGACAAUGAGAGCAGCGACGCGCGCGACCAUUGUGCCAACGAGCGCACAUUCCUCUCUUAUUUGCGGCUGUCGGUGCUCAUGGCCAUCGUGUCCAUGGCCAUGACUCUGUCGUUUCACCUCAAGCACCAGCCCAGCAAGCUCGAGAGGCAAAUCGCCAAACCGCUAGGCGCCAUCUUUUGGGUGCUGGCGGUGCUCACCUUGGCCGUGGGCAUCGCAAACUAUAUACGUACGUCGGAAACCCGUCCCAUGCAACAACAGGAUGCCGUCUACCGACCCGUGAAGCUGAACCGGCGUGGCAACCAAAUAGGAACCGUCAACCUGUAUAGCAAGCGGGCCGCCAUUGUGCAGUCUGGAUGGCGAACGCAGACAGUUCUCGGUUUUCUGUCUGCUUGCAUCUUUGGCACCUGCCUGGUGCUACUCGUCACCAACACCAUGAGGGCAUCGGCCAAGGUACUAGAGUGA